AUGAGCAAGCCUUUGAUUCGAAGCAAGAAAGAGACAGUAUGCCAAGCGUCUUUUCCCGGGACUUAUGCUGAGUGUCCGGAUCCUAAGCGGCGCAGCCCGAGGCAAUUCCAGAGUCGUUCCGGGGUCUAUGGGCAAUCCCGGGAAGUAACCGUACCGAUCCUAGCGAGUUUGUUGCAUUUUCCAUCUCGGGUACUGGUCGUCCUUGUCAAAAUCCCCUCACGCUAUCCAAAUUUGCUCAGGUGGCCACUUUCAAAACUCGUGUAUGGGUGGAACCCUGCUAGGGCUGACCUGCUCACGCCUCAAUUGUAUGGGCUGAAGAAUCACAAAGCUUUGACUAAGUCAGAACCAGCCCACCCUGGGCUGCAGCGAGAAGGGGCUUCAUUGGCUCAGGGCAGUUUGACGUCAGACCUCAGAGAAUCAAUCCCAAGUUUUGAGAUCCUUUCUCGAACCAUGGAGAACCCGAAUAUCCGCCAGGCCGAGACCUUACUAGGACUAACCCGUCGAACCGGCGAAGCUACCAGACGCUCACCAAGCGCAACCUCGGAGAGGGCUGCGUUCCUGCAUAACAAAGUCGACAACCAAGCCCUUAUGGUGAGUGGGAAAACCGAGCUCAAAAACGAAGAGAUACACAAAACCAAAAUCGAAUUUCACUGCAACUCUAUUCAUAUUCAUAAUGUUCAGGCUACCACGACCUCCAACAACCACGACGUCGCUCUGGGCAAGUGGUCAUCUCCCCAAACGGAAGGCCCCAAACCUUCGUUCGAAACCGCUAGGUCCUUUCCAACAUUGUCAGACGCGCAGUCGCCACUACCAGCAACAGCGAUAUCCUCGGCAAAGCUCGAGAGACAGGAGAUGCACUCUUCACAAGCCGGUGAAGGAAUAGAGCCAGCGGUCCAUAAAUCUUGUCAGGAGCCUGGCGAAAAGAAUUUGGAAAAGUACCGGACCAAAUUUGAGACUGAUUGCAGCCGUAUCAAAGGCAUUUACCACGAAGUUCUCGGCCAGCUAGAGCCUCAAAGCGGAAGAUCGAAACAUAAAAAAAAGAUCGGCCCGAUCCGCCUAGAAAUCGUUUCACAAAAUGAAUCAUUCAGGUCAAUCAUCAAAAGUCUUGUCAAAAACUUGCCCAGGUUGCAGUCGGAAGAUGUGGUUUCGGAUUGCUCCCUGAUUGGUACUGAGCUAGACUCGAUUCUUGGGGGACUGGAUUCCAUAUCCUCUCGCACCAAAAUCCUCUGCGAUAAACAGGAGAUGAACAAAGUCGAUUUCAGCCGCACUAAGAGAGUGCUCCGAAAAGAGGUGGAUGCUCUUAGCAAGAAGGUCGACAACCUCGAGAAGCUCACCUUGCGACUAAGUGCCGUUGACGACGGGAAUUUUGGUGGCUGCCAGUCAGCGUCAAGUGAUGACAGGCAGGGACACAUUGGUAUGCAGCAACUAGAGAGGCUUUGCAUUGAAGGCCGCACAUCUGCUCGACUAUACGAAUGCCUUUGUCGUAUCUGCCCCGUUCCGCGCCACGAUGAGCACACGGCAUACAUCAGACUGGAGCCCGAGAGGUCUGACAACAUUACUGAGCGUAAUCGACCUGAAACGGAAUGUGACAUGGCAAUCAAGUCGACAAUACGAGAGGGAAAGGCUCUAAUUUGGCUCAAGGUGAGGUCUUCGAUGACCGAAGCUGUCAGAGUUCAGCCAACAGGGGGGGACAAUAACCAAUCUAAACUCUUGCCGACGACAGCAGCUCUGAUGCCAUCUAAAUCUAACGGAAACAAUCCCCGAAAACGACGAGCCUCAAGUCCCGAAAGUCGUGCUUCGAAAGCACCAAAGACCAGCAGCCAAUCCGUAAGGCGACGGUCCGAUCCUGCUCCAAGCAGCCGGGAUAAUAUCCCAUCUGAUGGUAUCCAAGUUUGCCCCGAAUACCUCGCGCAGCAUGACGAAACAGACCAUGCCGUCAUGAAAAUGGUCGACAGCAGCGGAUGCGACCAUCGCGUCUACUACUUGCCAUCUGACAAGCGGCCCUGCGACAGCGACAAUCCAAUCAGUCUAUCAACCCUGCUCGACCCUCAAUAUUGGGCAGGUAGAGAAUGUCAGCCCGAAUACCGUUACGGCAAAUUGGACAAACUACGCCUUGCGAGACUCAUUGCCGAGGCCGUCUUAAGAUUUGACUUGCACGAUUCUGACCCACACUGCCCCUGGGACAGAGACAGCGUCAUAUUCUACAGGUCCUCGGCUAAGAAGCCAGAGCCGUUCCUGGAGGUUCGGAUAAAGAAGGCAGACCCCACGUUGGAGCCCAACACAGUUGGUGACCAUCGUCUGUCCCUGUCUAGUCGAAGAAUGGUCUUGUUGAACCUGGGCGUUAUCCUCAUCCAACUCGGCCUCUCAGAGCCCCAGACACUAUCCUGGUGGACUCAUUCCGCAGGCUUGAAGGAAUCCCGGGAAUUCAUUCUCAAAAUGGCUCUUGAAACUACGAGUAAUAUGCACCGCAGUUACUCGGACGCUGUCCGCCACUGCGCCACGCUGUUCGACUCCCAAGAGGGAAAGGACCUAGAAGAACAAAGCUUUCAGGAGAGCUAUUAUAUAUCAAUCGUGCAGCCCCUCAAAGAACUAGAGGAAUUUCUAGAGUCUUGCCAGUGA